AUGGGCAAGACAACAAAAAGAGCCUCUAGUAUCAGGAGAUUGAUGGUGUUCGCGAUAGUAGCUCUCAUCUCAUUGGCAUUGGCAGUUAGAUACCUAUUUCACAACUCUAAUGCUACUGAUUUGCAAAAAAUUCUUCAGAACUUGCCCAAAGAGAUUUCUCAAAGCAUUAAUAGUGCCAACAAUAUUCAAAGCUCUGAUUCUGAUUUAGUUCAACAUUUUGAGAGUUUAGCUCAGGAGAUCAGAUAUCAGCAGGAAGUUCAAGCAAAGCAAUUUGAUAAACAACGUAAGGUUCUGGAAAAAAAAAUCCAAGAUUUGAAACAAACACCACCAGAGGCCACACUAAGAGAACGUAUAGCCUUGACCUUCCCCUACGAUUCGCACGCUAAGUUCCCAGCAUUUAUUUGGCAAACCUGGUCCAAUAAUGAAGGUCCCGAGCAUGUUCAAGAUAUAAAGGGCAUGUGGGAAAGCAAAAAUCCAGGUUUCGCUCAUGAAGUUUUGAACCAUGACGUGAUAAAUGCGCUAGUACACCACUACUUCUACUCUAUACCGGAAAUUCUAGAGACUUACGAGGCUCUGCCCUCAAUCAUCCUAAAGAUAGACUUUUUCAAGUACUUGAUACUGUUGGUACAUGGGGGUGUUUAUGCAGACAUUGAUACAUUCCCUGUUCAGCCAAUUCCAAACUGGAUCCCUGAAGAGUUGUCACCAUCCGACAUCGGGUUGAUAGUUGGAGUUGAGGAAGACGCUCAAAGAGCUGACUGGAGAACCAAGUACAUUAGAAGACUACAGUUCGGCACAUGGAUUAUACAAGCUAAACCUGGCCACCCAGUAUUGAGAGAAAUCAUUUCUCAAAUUAUUGAGACCACCUUGCAGAGAAAGAAGGACGACCAACUGAAUGUCAAUCUAAGGAAUGAUUUGAAUAUCAUGAGUUGGACAGGUUCGGGAUUAUGGACUGACACUAUUUUCACGUACUUCAAUGACUUUAUGAGAAGUGGUGUCAGCGAGAAGGUUACAUGGAAAUUAUUCCAUAACUUAAAAGAGCCAAAAUUGUUAAGUGAUGUUUUAGUCUUCCCAAAAUUCUCAUUUAACUGUCCAAAUCAAAUCGAUAAUGAUGAUCCAUACAAGAAAUUCUAUUUCAUUACUCAUUUGGCCUCGCAAUUUUGGAAAAACACCCCGAAAGUGGAGCAGAAAUAA